AUGGCAAAAUUAUCGAUACUCGUGCUCGCCUUCUUCUUCGCCAUCGUCCUAAACGGCAUCGAAGGCUGCAAACAGCCAGUCAUAUUUGCCUUUGGCGAUUCCUAUCUCGACUUAGGGAACAACAACUACAUUAACACGAGCACUCAAGACCAGGCCAAUUUCCUUCCCUAUGGCGAGACCCGAUUUGGAAAUAAGCCGACUGGGAGAUUUACAGAUGGCCUAACCAUAAUCGACUACCUAGCUAAAUUUGCAGGAAUCAAAGGACUCAUUCCCCCGUUUCUAAAUAAAACUCGAAAAAUCGACACAAAUUACAAUGGGGCGAGCUUCGCAUCAGCUGGAGCUGGGGUCUUGAACACGACUUUGCCAGGCUUCUCGGUUAGCCGCGAUCAACAAGUUCAGAAUUAUAUAACCGAAUUGAAAAGCCUAAGCAGAACAUUUGGCUCGAAAGAAGCUAAAAAAAUUGCAUCCAAUGCUGUCAAUGUCAUCACCUUUGGUGCCACAGAAGUUAUCGUUUAUUUCGAAUUGAAUACUCCGAUUCCCGACAAGACAGAGUUAGUGAAAGCGAUGAUCGGGAACUUGACGACUGUGGUCCAAGAAAUAUACAAUCAAGGAGGACGAAAAUUCGUGUUGCUAAACUUGCUUGAUCUUGGGUGUUCGCCGGGCCUGAAAUUCUUGAACCCGGAUAAAAAAACCGGGCCGUGCCUAAAAAAUGCUUCGGAUAUAGUAACAUUGUACAACGAGGCCAUCGACAACAAAGCCCGGGAUUUGAGACAGGCCUUACCGCACUCCAAGAUUACUAUAUUCGACCUUGCACAAAGUGUCGCCUCGAGGACAGCUCAUCCGGAAAAAUACAAUGUGACGGAUGCGCAUGACGCGUGCUGCGGUUACGAUAAGUACAACGGCCGGUUUAGCUGUGGAGGAACGAGACCGUUUAAGAAGUAUAAGGUGUGCGAAAAUCCAAACGAGUACCUAUUUUGGGACUCGUUUCAUCUAACCGAUCGAGCUUAUGAGUCGAUAACAUGUGAUAUUUGGAAGAGAUCUAAGUGCCUAAGGGACCUCUUUAACUGCUUCGUCUAG